CGCGCGGCCCAAGGGAAGACCACAUAGAUCUCCACCAGAAUGCCACCACGACCAUCGAGCUUUCUGACUCGUGUAUGGGAAUCACGUUGCGCACGUCGCUUUUUGAAAGAAACUUAACUUUUUUUCCAGAGACUCGGUGAGUGCGGUGGAAGCGGCGGAGACCUCCGGAUCACGAAAUGUUGGGAUGGAAGGCGCAGACUUUGACUCGCCGUCUCCAACAGGAGUAUGAAGUCCUACUUCACGGGUGUGAGAUCUCCGAGAGUGAAACUCUGCUGCCUUGGGAUAUCGCUGCACGCUUUCGGGGAAAUACCAUAAAGUGGGAAACGGUAACCCUCUCGCAUUCCCCGCAACAUGGCCUCGGCUGCUAAUGCGCCCUCCGAGCAGGAAAACAGAGACCCCGAUCGGCCGAGAGUAACGCGGAGGAACAGGGGGGACUACUCCCGCAGCACGCCGCUGGAUUUGGAGUAUUUGCAGCGGCCGAGUUACUGCGAUGCCGGCUUUGCUUUGGAGCAAAUAUCAGAGGGGAAGGCGACUGGGAGAAAAGCACCUCUGUGGCUGAGAGCAAAGUUCCAGAGACUUUUAUUUAGGCUGGGCUGUUACAUACAAAAGAACUGCGGAAAGUUUUUGGUUGUCGGCCUCAUGAUUUUCGGAGCUUUCGCUGUCGGCUUAAGAGCCGCAAAUUUGGAGACGGACGUGGAGAAACUCUGGGUGGAAGUUGGCGGGCGUGUGAACCAGGAACUGAGGUACACACGGCAGAAGAUGGGCGAGGAGGCCAUGUUUAAUCCUCAGCUGAUGAUCCAGACACCGCGGGAAGAGGGUGCCAGUGUACUAACAGUGGAUGCGCUCCUGCAGCACCUGGAGUCAGCUCUCAGAGCCAGUAGAGUUCAUGUUUACCUUUAUAACAGACAAUGGAAAUUAGAACAUUUAUGCUACAAAUCAGGAGAAUUAGUGACCGAAAUGAAUUAUGUGAACGAGAUCAUAGAAAGGCUACAUCCCUGCCUCAUCAUCACCCCUUUGGACUGUUUCUGGGAAGGAGCCAAGCUCCAAUCUGGAAUGGCCUAUCUCCCAGGUAAAGGCCCCCUUCAGUGGACUAACUUUGACCCCAAGGACUUCCUUGAGGACUUGGGGCAAAGGCAAAAUUACCCUGUGGAAGCCUUUGUGGACAUGUUGGAAAAGGCAGACGUUGGGCAUGGCUACAUGGAUAGACCCUGUCUGAACCCUACUGACCCUGACUGUCCUCUCACCGCACCCAAUAAGAACUCCACUAAGCCGUUUGAUGUGGCGCGGACCCUGAGUGGCGGCUGCUAUGGUCUGUCCAGGAAGUACAUGCACUGGCAGGAGGAACUGAUCGUAGGAGGGACCACCAAGAACGGCAGUGGACCCCUACUCAGUGCCCAGGCCUUACAGACCAUGUUCCAGCUGAUGACUCCCAAGCAGAUGUUUGAGCACUUUCGUGGCUAUGAAGAGGUUUCCCACAUCAACUGGAAUGAAGAAAAGGCUGCAGCUAUACUGGAAGCCUGGCAGAGGAAAUACUCUGAGGCGGUGCUGCUAAGUGUGGCAGCAAAUUCUUCCCAGAAGGUCUUGUCUUUCACCACAACCACUCUGGAAGAUAUUCUCAAGUCUUUCUCGGACAUCAGUGUCAUCCGUGUGGCCAGUGGAUACCUGCUCAUGCUGGCCUAUGCGUGUCUGACCAUGCUGCGGUGGGACUGUGCUAAGUCUCAGGGAGCUGUGGGGUUGGCGGGCGUCCUGCUGGUGACACUGUCUGUGGCAGCAGGUCUGGGCCUCUGCUCUCUCCUAGGAAUCUCUUUCAAUGCAGCAACCACACAGGUGUUACCCUUCUUGGCUCUGGGAGUUGGAGUGGAUGACGUCUUCCUCCUCGCUCAUGCCUUCAGUGAGACCGGACAGAACAAGAGGAUACCAUUUGAGGACCGUACAGGGGAGUGUCUGAAGAGGACAGGGGCCAGUGUGGCUCUCACCUCCAUCAGUAACGUCACUGCGUUCUUCAUGGCAGCCCUCAUCCCCAUCCCAGCACUCAGAGCCUUUUCUCUACAGGCUGCAGUGGUUGUGGUGUUUAACUUUGCCAUGGUGCUGCUCAUCUUUCCCGCCAUCCUCAGCAUGGACCUCUACCGCCGAGAAGACCGACGUUUCGACAUCUUCUGCUGCUUCUACAGCCCGUGUGCCAAUCGUGUCAUCCAGAUCGAGCCUCAAGCUUACCUGGAUGGAGCAGACGGCAGUCGUUACAGCCCUCCCCCAUCCUAUCGCACGCCACCUCCUUCAUAUCAAACUCCACCACCCAGUUACAGCAGCCCUCCGCCCUCCUACAGCAGCCAUGGCUUUGCCCAGCAGACUGAAAUCACCAUGCAAUCUACAGUGCAGCUCAGGACAGAGUAUGACCCUCGAACUCAGGCUUUCUACACCACAGCUGAGCCCAGAUCCCAGAUCUCCGUGCAACCCAUUAAUCCAGCUCCGAUGAGGAGCAACCCUAAUGACUAUUACAGCAGCAACACCAACGGCAGCAGGAGCAGCAGUGGCAAUCUCAAUAACAACAACAGUGGGAGUAGAAAUAAUGGUGGAUCUCGAGGUUCGGCCACUUUCCCCCAUCACUACCCUGUGCCUCCUCCUGCAGCUUCAACUUCAACUGCUUGUUCAGUUCCUCAGAGCGACACAGUGUCACCGACUGGUCAGAUCCCAGAGAACAGCAGCUCCACACGGAACCUGUUGUCCCAGUUUGGAGAAGCCUCGCUGGGCCUGCACUGCUUCGAGCCUCCCUGCUCCCGCUGGACCCUGGCUUCUUUUGCUGAGAAGCACUAUGCUCCUUUUCUCCUGCAGCCAACCACCAAGGUGGUUGUAAUUGUGCUGUUCCUCUGCCUGCUGGGAGUCAGUUUGUACGGGACCACCCAGGUAAGAGACGGCCUGGAGUUGACCGACAUCGUACCCAGAGAGACCAGCGAGUACGACUUCAUCGGUGCCCAGUUCAAGUUCUUCUCCUUCUACAACAUGUACGUGGUGACGCAGCGGGCUGAUUAUGCCCACAUCCAACUACUGCUGCACCAGCUUCAUCAGAGGUUCCACACUGUUCGCUAUGUGUUGAAGGAGGACAACGGGCAGCUGCCCUAUAUGUGGCUUCACUACUUCAGGGACUGGCUUCAGGGUCUUCAGCAGACAUUUGACAAGGACUGGGAGGCUGGUCGCAUCACCCUGAACAGUUACAGGAAUGGUUCUGAUGAUGGCAUCCUGGCAUACAAGCUUUUGGUGCAGACAGGACGCAGAGAAAAGCCCAUCAAUUUCAACUUGUUGACUCGUCAGAGGCUUGUUGAUGCGGAUGGAAUCAUCAACCCUGGGGCUUUUUACAUCUACCUGACCGCCUGGGUCAGCAAUGAUCCCGUGGCAUAUGCUGCCUCGCAGGCCAACAUUCGGCCACACCCUCCGGAGUGGCUCCAUGACCGUACCGACUCCAUGCCUGAGACACGCCUCAACAUCCCGGCUGCCGAGCCUAUCGAAUACGCACAGUUCCCCUUCUACCUCAACGGGCUCCGCGAGACGCCACAAUUUGUGGAGGCCAUCGAAAGCGUGAGGGCUAUUUGCAGCAACUACAGCCGCCAAGGCCUGCCCUCCUACCCCAACGGCUACCCUUUUCUGUUCUGGGAACAGUAUGUUAGUCUGCGCCACUGGCUCCUGCUGUCUAUCAGUCUGGUGCUCGCCUGUACCUUCCUGGUGUGUGCCCUCUUCUUGCUCAACCCAUGGACUGCCGGUAUCAUAGUGUUGGUGCUGUCCCUCAUGACCGUGGAGCUGUUUGGCUUCAUGGGGCUGAUGGGAAUCAAGCUGAGUGCCGUCCCCGUGGUGAUUCUCAUCGCCUCUGUCGGCAUCGGGGUGGAGUUCACAGUCCAUGUGGCCCUGGCGUUCCUGACUGCCAUAGGGGAUCGUCACAAGCGGGCAGUGCUGGCACUGGAGCACAUGUUUGCUCCAGUGCUCGACGGAGCCUUUUCCACCUUGUUGGGAGUCCUGAUGCUCGCAGGCUCUGAGUUUGACUUCAUUGUCAGGUACUUCUUUGCUGUGUUGGCCAUCCUCACAGUCUUGGGUGUCCUGAAUGGAUUGGUCCUCCUCCCAGUAUUAUUAUCAUACUUUGGGCCUUAUCCAGAGGUAUCACCAGUUGAUGGUCGUAGUCGGUUGCCCACCCCAUCCCCAGAGGCCCCGCCACAUGUGGUCCACUUCUCAGUCCGUCCUCACCACACCACCACGGCCACCACCACCUCUGGUGCAGCUUCAGACUCGUCUGACUCGGAAUACAGCUCUAACACAACAGCGUCUGGUGUCAGCCAGGAGCUGCAGAACUACAACCUGCCCUCACGCAGAGGAGCGACUCGUGUGGAGGAGCAGCAGUACCAUGUCCAGACCAGCAGAGGCAGAGCAGUCAGGCCAGAGGAGGGAAGGAGAGGCUCAGGGUAUAGGCGAUCAGUCAGACAGCCUGACCCUCUAACCUAUACUAUGUCUUCGGGUUGUGAGUCGGGGCCCCAGCUGGAAGCUGCCCAGCGAAUCAGCAGCAGGAACCCCAAAAGUCAGCUGCACUGGCAGGUGCCACCCCCAGCCCACCCGCGCAUGGACGCUUUUGAAACUGCUACUGAGGCUGGGGGCCAUUAUGGCUCACACAGCCACAGAGAACACUCAGCAGGCCACAGAGCCCAUGCUGCCCACAACCCACCACCUAAUCAGCACCUCCCACACCACCACCCUAACCCCACUCCAUAUUGUCAACCCAUCACCACGGUGACCGCAUCAGCCUCGGUCACUGUUGCCGUGCACCCGGGUCCCUUAUCCAACCAGAGUCCUCCCACUUCCUCUUACCCAGGAUACACUGCAACAGACAGUUACUGCCGCUCAAGAGCAGAGAUGUCGGGGGCUGCUUUCCAGGACCCGCAUGUGCCAUCGGAUACCCAGACGGGGGUCAGAGGAGUUACAGUGGAGACCAUGGAACUCCAAGAUUUGGAGUUUGAGGCAGCUGAAAGCGACCAUUGCAGGCGGGCUAGCUGAGUUGUGGGGAACAGAGGUACAACGGCCAAAGAUGGACUCCUCUCUAUUACUAAGCAGUUGACCUGGCCUGGCACAGCUCGCACGGCCCAGCCCGGCCCGGCUCACCCCGGCCCUGUGUGGCGAGUAAACUCGUCAGUGAUACCGUCAUGGUCUUGGUGCUCAUUCUUACUGUAACCCAGUGGACUAUUGUCUGAGAUAAUUCUAUCUAUAUUUAAAAGAUGUACACAUGUGUAAAUAUGAACAAAAAAAGUAGCUAUAAUUUUAGGAGCUGUACAACUCCUUAUGAUAACAGACUGGGGCGACCAUUUUAUAUUGCGUGUGUGUGUGUGUGUGUGUGUGUGUAAAUAUGCAUGUGAAUGAGAGAGAGAGAGAUUACUGAUUACUGAUUACUGUUCAUUCUUCUGUGGAUCUGUGCCAUUAGGAAGCUUCAUCUAAACAAAAAUAUCUGCCAGCACUCACUGUUGCUGCUCAUAAUAUUUGAUUUAAAAUAAUAUACAUUUAUUAUUCUAUGCAAAAGUCUCUUUAAACAAAGGAAGUGAUCUGUCUAUGUGUGUGUGUGUGACGAGCGUGUGUGUGCGCAUGUGUGACACUAAGAUGUGGAAAAAGCCCCAUUAUUUUCUGGCUUAUACAUCAGACUCAUCCUCAGAACAAACUAACUUUUAAACUCAUUUAAAGUUGUUGGUUGUCAAACAGGGCUAUGGUAUAUAGUAUAUAUAGUGUUUGUGUGUGUGUGUGUGUGUGUGCGUGCGUGUGUUUGUAUCUGUGUUUAUUAUUGUAUAAAGGUACGCAUCUUAAACUAUAUUUUUUUUUAUCACAAACCUGUGGUAGUUAUGGAACAAUUACUGUUUAACUUGACACGCUAUGCGUGCUAUUUAAGAUGAGCAGAUAUGAAGAAAUUUUAAAGGCUGUUUUUGUUGUUGUUUGUUUAGUUGUAGCCUCUGCAUUGGAACCUGUUUCUGCUCUCAGCUCUGUAUAACUGUUGGGCUGCCUCCGGUUUUACUUUUUUUUUUUUUUUUUACUGUAAAGGGUUAUGUAUUGUUUAACCCUAGCAGGCUCAAAACUGGUAUACUGACAUACAAGCAUUAAAACCCACCUCAGAAACUCGCUGUGCCAUUACAGGGACGCGCUCACGUGACCGAUCCCUGCUUCUGGAACAGGGUCAACACAGGGUGCUGACUCUGCACCCUGACGAACUAUGUCUAAUGGAUAAGCUAAAGCUCAAACUGUAUACUGUAUGACUCGGUUCAACAUUGCACUUGGUUGCAUUGAACUUCAUCCACAGGAAUAUCUCACCUCAAGUAGCUCUUUAAACCCAUAAGCUAGCCCCAGCAGCCUGCUAAGGGCUAAGCCCUAUAUGGCCUGACAGUAUGUUUCCAUGAACAUGUGUGUAGAAACAUUCUUAUGUUUGCGUGUGAGUGUGUGUGUGUGUGUGUGAGUCUGAGUCCCAUCUUUUCAGUCUGUCUCAGUUCUCCUUCAAUGACUGUAAAGAUUACUGGCCCUAAUUUGGCCUCAGCUGUCCCCACUGACCUCAACUCAUAAAAACCUCAUGACAUAACGCCAUGACACUAAUUGGGACCCUUGACUAGCCCUCAACCACCCCCCCAUCGAUCUGCCAAAUGGCACUGUUCAAAGCCUCGGGGGUGAGAGUUUAACCGCCACCACCUCCUGCAACUUUCAAUGGCCAGUUUUUAUAUAUUGUGUGUCUCUGUGUCAGCGUGCAAACCUGUAGCCCCCCCGCCCCCACGUCACACCUGGUCCCAGACUUAGCCCCCUUUGGUUUCCUCACUCCCUCCUCCCUCCAGUUUGCUUUCAGCUUUUACACCCUCACUUCCUGUUGAACACAUGUAGCUCCCCCCUCCACCCCUCCACUCACCCCCAGAUGUCUUUUACUGUUUUCCUCAUUCUGUCCACCAUGUUACGUCAGCUGCUUGCAUGAAAUAGGUUGUUCUAUUUGGGUUUUUGUUUUUUUUGUUUUUUUGUUUUCUCCCAAUGUCACAUUGGCAGUAGUGGAGAGAAUCAUUGCUGGCAACUAUUUUAUUCAUAUUUUUUUUUGUUUGUUGUUGUUGUUGUUCUUGUUUUCAACAUUGAAUUGCGAUAUUUAUAUUUUUGUAAUAUAAAACAUGUUGUUGUGUUAUUUCUUUCAUUAUUGUUGUGAUACAAGUGGAUAACAAAUGCAGGGAUUUUUAUGUCUAUUGAGAAAAAAAAACACUAUUACAGUUUAAUCUGUAUAGAGUGAUCUGUAUAAAGUGCUUACUAAUGUUAAAUAGGGAAAAAAAAGAGUAUAUAACAUUUUACACUACAGGUCUCAUCAUAGCUCUUAGAGGAUUUAAAAAGAAAAAAAAAAUCAUUGGUUCUUCCAGAUUUCAGUCGUGGUUGGUAUGGAUGUAUGCUGUUUUCAGUUACAAAGAUAAAUGUAUGCCAUAUAAUUUAUUUAUAUGAAAAUUUAUUUUUGUAGUGUACAUAGUAGUUGUCAAGGUAUUUGACAGAAGUAUAUUUUUAAAGAGUCUAUAUGUAAUGAUAUACCAUAACAGAAAAAAAAACAACCUUAAGGUGCACACUUUCAUUGCUAACUGUCCUGUGAGACAACAUCAACACCUCCCCUUCAGUAUUAUGUUCCGAUUCUUGGAGAGAGACAGCUGUUUCUAUGGGUUUGUCAAAGGCUAGCCAUGAAAGUAGGAAAUUGUACUAGCUCUCUAAAUAUUAAUGUUCAAACACUGAUAGAAUUCUAACAAAUAAAAAAUAUUAUAACUUAUUUGUCUCUUUGUUCAUAACGUUAAUAAAUGGAUACUGAAAAAGAA